GUUCUGUUUCAUAAUUGUACUACGGUAUCUAUAAGUCAGUCCUUUGAUUAGUUGCAUUUUAUUAUGUUGUAACUUGUUUAGUUGCAAAUUUAUAACAUUUUUCUUGGGGAGUGUUCUAUUAUACAAUGUAUCGAUAUUUGAGAGGGAUCCAGACCCCUUAGACCCCCGUCAAUCCAUGAUUGCUUGUAAACAAUUUAAAUUUCUUCUCCCAUUAAAAAUUUCCUCCUAGAUAUAGAAAAUCGGUUUCUUUAGGAAUUGUCUAUCACUACUUUAGAUAAAACCUUAUCUAUUGUGUAAUAAUGCUUACGAAAUGAAGAGUUAUAGUAAGUUGUUAGGCGCGCCUUAUCAUUACUAUUGAUAUGUAUAUACAAAUUUUUUUUCAAGUGUAUAGAACUUAAUUGACUUAUAUAGAUUCAUUGUGGGCCUUGAAAUUUAUAAGUAUAUUAGAUUGGAUAACAUUUUUUAGAUUAUCAUUUUAGCCAAAAGAGUUGUUUAUUUUUACGACCAAAAUGUUUUUAAUAUCGUGAAAAUUAGAGAAGUAUGUGCUUCAAAAACAGUGUAUAGUACAUUCAUACAAUAUUUAAAUUCAUUAAUUUAUAAAUAUCUACAUUAUGAAUUCUACAAUAAAAACUGAAUCAACUGUAAAAUCAUUGAUGCCUAGUAAUAAAUUUGCUUUACUGCCAAAAAUUAUAAAUGGAGGUAUUGCUGGAAUUAUUGGAGUGACAGUAGUUUUUCCAUUAGAUCUUGUAAAAACAAGAUUACAAAAUCAAAAACCAAGCAAAGAUGGAUCGUUUAUGUACAAAUCAAUGUUUGAUGCCUUUAAAAAAACAUAUGUUUCAGAAGGGUAUUUUGGAAUGUAUAGAGGAUCUGCUGUUAACAUUUUGUUAAUAACACCUGAAAAAGCAAUUAAAUUAGCUGCUAAUGAUCAAUUUCGAUUUUGGUUAACUCAACCUGGGAAGCCUUUAACAUUAAUUCAUGAAAUGUUAGCUGGUGCUGGGGCUGGACUUUUCCAAAUAAUUGUUACUACUCCAAUGGAACUUUUAAAAAUACAAAUGCAAGAUGCAGGGCGGGUUGCAGCUCAGGCCAAAUUAGAUGGAAAAACUGUACCAAAAGUUUCAGCCACAUCAUUAGCUCGAGAAUUAAUAAAAACUAAAGGAUUUUUUGGUUUGUAUAGAGGUGUUGGAGCAACAGCAAUGCGAGAUGUUACAUUUUCUGUUAUAUAUUUCCCUAUGUUUGCUAGAUUAAACGCUUUGGGACCACGUAAAAAAGACGAAUCAGGAGAAGCUGUUUUUUGGUGUUCUUUUGUAUCUGGUUGUAUAGCAGGUUCUUCUGCUGCUUUAUUUGUUAAUCCUAUUGAUGUUAUAAAAACAAGAUUACAAGCUAUUAAAAAAAUUGAAACAGAAGUGGAAUACAAAGGAGUGACUGAUUGUUUCUUGAAAACAUUACGUAAUGAAGGUCCUCUGGCUUUUUUUAAAGGUGGAGCAUGUCGUAUGAUUGUGAUAGCACCUCUUUUUGGUAUAGCCCAAACUGUCUAUUAUUUAGGUGUAGCUGAAAGAAUUCUGGGUUUAAAAAAAUAAAAUUCUUGAAUACAAAGUUAAGCAAUAAAAAGUGUUUCUAUUACAAUAAAUGUUUACUGUUAAUUGUAUAAUUGUUAACUCAGUUUUUUUACAUUGGUAUUUUUUUUUUUUAAUAUAAAAGGUGAUCAAUUUUAUAACCUUAUUUAGUUACCUAUGAUUAUAUUUAUUUUCUACAAUACUAAAUGUUUUUAAAUGACUUAAAAAUAAUAUUCUUUUUAACAUAUUACAUUAAAUCUAUGUCCAAAUUUAAUUUAAAAUAUGACAGAAAGAAAUAGCAGCUAUUUUUAAAUUUCUUGUUUUACUUAAAUUUGAUAAAUAAUGAAAAAUUAAUUAUAUUUUUGUAUCAAAUGUUCCAAAUGAGAUAUUUUAAUAAGUUAUCGUUUUUGAUUUGUUUCAUCUAUACAAAAAUUUUUCUUGUUUGUCAAUUUCAUUUACGGGGUCUAACAGUCUAUUGAAUUAUCAGGGUCCACUUAUUUUAAAAAUUUUUUUACUAUAUGGUAAAUUUUAAAUGUACAAUUUAGUUAACAUAAGUACAUUUUUAAGAUACUUAAUAUUAAAAUAAACGCUUAGUUAAUAGUAAAAUAACCUUGUCACCUAAUUCUUUUAUAACUUGUUUUUAAUAUUCCUAACUGUGAUUAUAUUUAAAAAAAUGAUUUAUGUACUUAAAUUUGAUU